AAAAAGUAAAUAAUAGUGAGUGAUAUUUGAAAUCCUUGGUUCUAGGCAACCAAAUCGUCUAUUAUUACCAACAAUUGUUGUUCAUAUAGAUAAAUCGUUCCGAAUUUGACUCCCAAAAUCAUAUAACGAAAAGAAAACUGAUUUAUUGACUUGUGGCUUUAUAUUGUUUACUAAAGAGACGAUUCUUAGAUCAAAAAGAAUGUCAUUUAACAAUCAUUCUCAUCAUCAUAAUGUUCAUCACAAUCAUUAUCAGCAACAUGACAACAACAUCAACAAUAACAACAAUAGCAACAACACUACCUCCUCAUCAUCAUCAUCAUCGAUGAUGAGAAUGUCUGCAACAACAACGGCCACUGAUAAUGGCAACGGCAUUAGUUUGUCACCAUCGUCAUCAACCACUGCGGUCGGUGCCAUCAUUGGCAGUAAUGGUUGUAUUAAUCAUAAUAACAAUAAUAAUAAUAAUAAUAAUAACAACGGUACGUUCCUUUGUGAUAUAUCGAAUCUAACGGCGGAAGAACGAAAUAAAUUGGAUGAAAUUAGACAAAAACGGCAAAAAUUAUUGAAUGAGAUUCAGAAAUUAAAAGAGGAAAUUUCGUUUGUUAAGAAGGAAAUGUCUCGUCUUGAUCAUCAUCCACUACAGCAACAACAGCCUCAGCAAUAUCCACAAUCAAAUUCAAUAAUCGAUGGUUCGUCUAAUGAUCAUGUAAACAAUAACAAUGGUAAUGGAAACCAACAACGUUUAAAACAAUUAUCGAUUGGAAAGAAAAAAUUCAACAUGGAUCCAAAAAAAGGUAUCGAAUUUCUUAUCGCUCAAAAUCUAGUGGGCAAUACACCCGAAGAUGUUGCAAGAUUUUUAUACAAAGGCGAAAGUUUAAAUAAAACGGCCAUAGGAACAUAUCUGGGCGAAAAAAUCGAUUUUAAUCUGAAAGUUUUGAAUCAUUUUAUCGAACUUCAUGAUUUUAAAGAUUCAUUACUUGUUCAGGCAUUACGGCAAUUUCUUUGGUCAUUUCGAUUACCGGGUGAAGCACAGAAGAUUGAUCGAAUGAUGGAAAAAUUUGCUGCACAUUAUUGUCAUCAGAAUCCUGGUGUAUUUUCUAAUACAGACACUUGUUUUGUUCUUAGUUUUUCGAUUAUCAUGCUCAACACAUCAUUACAUAAUCCAAAUGUAAAAGAAAAAAUGACGGCUGAUAAAUUCAUUCAAAUGAAUCGUGGUAUUAAUAAUGGUGGUGACCUGCCCAAAGAAUUACUGUUAUCUUUAUAUGAAAACAUACGUCAUGAGCCAUUCAAAAUACCUGAAGAUGAUGGACAAGAAUUGAUGCAUACAUUUUUUGAUCCAGAUCGUGAAGGUUGGUUAUGGAAACAAGGUGGCCGUUAUAAAAGUUGGAAACGUCGUUGGUUCCUAUUGAAUGAUAAGUGCCUUUAUUAUUUCGAAUGCGAUACUGAUAAAGAACCACGUGGUAUUAUACCGUUAGAAAAUGUCGACAUACGUGAAAUCGGCGAUCGUGGAGGUCGACAACAUUGUUUUGAACUUUAUUCACCUAUUAGUGAUGUGAUCAAAGCAUGUAAAACAGAUACCGAAGGUCGUGUCAUUGAAGGACGACAUUCUGUAUAUCGAUUAUCGGCUGCAACUGCCGUGGAAAAAGAUGCCUGGGUCAAAUCUAUACAGACUAGUGUUUCGAGAAAUCCAUUCUAUGAAAUGUUAGCGGCAAGAAAACGUAAAGCACAGCAAAAUUAACAAAAUAGACAACAAAAUCUACAAAAAGUCUUUCAUUGAUAAUUCGCUCAUUUCAACUAUCAUAAUUCGAUUAUUCGAUAAUCAUCGAUAGGAUUUACGAAAAGAUUUUGAUUCUCACAUUCUAAGUCAAUCAGUAAAAAUCAUCAUCAAACGAAUUUUAAAUCAUACAAUUCAUUGAUGCCUAUAGAAUCA